CCCAUGAUCAACUUGGCAGUGCCUGCGGUCUCUGGUCUAAUCUUUGGGCUGGGCUUUUAUUUUAUACUAAUGGCUCUCAACAAUUAUCUCGCCGAUGCGCAUAAGAUUUACUCGGCGAGCGCAAUGGCUGCUGUCAGCUUGGCCAGAUCUGUUGGCGGCGGAUUCUUGCCACUGGCUGCCGACGCCAUGUACGAUACGCUACAUGUCCAGUGGGCAACCUCGCUACUCGGAUUCAUCAUGCUAGUCAUGUGUGCCGUGCCAUUUGACUUCAUCAGAUACGGCAAACCAAUUCGUGCGCAUAGCAAGUUCUGUCAGCAAUUGGAACGCUUGAAGAGGCUAGUCGUGCCAACCACGGCAUGA